AAAAUAUUGACAACACAUAAACACACUGCGUCCAUGCGACCGUACACCAGACCACGUGACCGGGUCUUCCCGAUAAUACCAGUGCAUGUAUAUACAAAGUGAACACACCAGUCCCCACGGAACAGACACAGCCAUGUCCGAAUACAGUGAAGAUCAAGUUCAACAGCUGGUGAAGACGAGCCAUGAGAUGAAGAAAAUGUCUUACUGUCCGUACAGCAACUUUCCCGUCGGGGCAGCCCUACUCACAGCCGACGGGACUGUGUUCACAGGUUGUAACGUUGAAAACGCUUCAUAUGGCUUGGCGAUUUGCGCAGAGAGGACGGCCAUUGUCAAGGCCGUUUCAGAAGGUCAUCGAAAGUUCAAGGCCAUUGCCAUCGCAAGUGAUCUGAAGGAUGGCGUCAUUGUGCCUUGCGGUGCAUGUAGGCAGUUUCUGGUCGAGUUUGGUGUCGACUGGGAUGUGUGUAUGACAAAGCCGGAUAUGACGUACGAAGUAAAGAAAACUAAAGAGUUACUUCCCUGGUGCUUUGCACCCACUGAUCUUGAGAGGGAGAGGUUACCGUCGCGAAGCAACUCAGGUCAUUCCUAAAUAACAAGUUACUGUGAGCUCUAUGACCUUGUGACAUCCGGUGAAGCAACACUGAGUCAUUGCAUAUUAUCAUAUAUAAUAUAUUUCAUCGUUACACGGUUGUGUAAUGUCCUACCCAUGUGUCUCAGUCUUAAGAAAGAAACAUGAUGAUCUGGCGACACCUCCAUAGAACCCUGAGUGAGAGUGUGGUUUUACGUCGCUUUCAGCAAUAUUCCAGCAAUAUCACGGCGGGGGACACCCGAAGUGGGCUUCACACAUUGAACCCAUGUCGGGAAUCGAACCCGGGUCUUUUAACUACUGGGCUACCCGACCGCCCCCUCAGAAUCCUGAGUGAAAUUUGAUCGAUAUGAAGGAUUAGCGGCUUAUUUCAUCAUGUCUUUACCACCCCGAUUAGUAAAAUGCAAUCUUUGUAAAAGGAAACGUCACAGAACACAAAUACACACUAGUUAGUACACCUUUAGAUCUUUGGGGGCUCAGAAACGACAGGAUGUACAAAAUAUCAACAAUUAUAUAAGCUGGGCAUUCGAACUCUCAAAUUUGUUCCUUUUCGAGAUACAGAAAUCAGAUAUACUUGGCUGAAUGUUUCAUUCACUCGAACCGAAAAUUAAGAACCCACGACUCUGAUUGGCUGAUUAGAUACAUACACUCUGAAGAAAAUCAGAUCUUUUUACUCUGAUAUACAGUAUCUUUCUGAUUGAGGACACAUCCAUAGAAGGUCGCGUCAGGUGAAUUUUCUAAUCCCCACACUGUUUGUUUGUUGUUUAACGCUGCACUUUUUAAUAUGAAAUCUUGGUUUGGCCUUUUGUCCGACAAUGCAGUUUAGAAAAAUGUAGUGUGAAUGUAUCGGGGUUAUAUCAUUAGGUUUUUUUAGUUUGGUUUGUUGUUUUACGCCGCACUAAACAAUAUUCUAGCUAUAUGACGCUGGUCUGUAAAUUAAUCGAGUCUCGACCAGGCAAUUGACAUCAUGAGCAUCGAUCCACGUUAUUGGGAUACGAUGACAUGCAUCAACCAAGUCGCCUUGGAAGAUCUAUUCUACCCCGGAUCUUCAGGGGUCAAUCACCACAUUGAAUUAUAUUUGCGAGUUUUGUGUCACAUCUACUCUUUACAUGGCCCAAAAUGUCAUUAUUGUGGAAUAAACUUUUAGAACAGUU